GUUCCUCACCCUGAGGACAAUGUCUCUCACUCUGAGGACAAGGUUCCUCACUCUGAGGAAAAGAUUCCUCACACUGAGGAGAAGGUUCCUCACUCUGAGGACUAGGUUCCUCACUCUGAGGACAAGGUUCCUCACUCUGAUGACAAGGUUCCUCACUUUGAGAACAAGGUGUCUCACUCUGAGGACAAUGUUCCCUACUCUGUGGACAAGGUUCCUCACUCUGAUGACAAG